CGAAAAUUUUUUCAUGUCAGAGACCGAGAACUCUUGCAGUCGUUUAUGUCAUCCCUUCUUCUCCAGACAGAAGAUACCAAAAAGUUGCAAUCAAAGAUCUGUUCAUCUUAUUGAUAAAGUCACUAAUAAGCCAAAAUGUCUGUCAACGUCAACCGCAGCGUGUCAGACCAGUUCUAUCGCUACAAGAUGCCCCGUUUGAUUGCCAAGGUUGAGGGCAAAGGAAAUGGAAUCAAGACAGUUAUAGUCAACAUGGUUGACGUUGCAAAGGCGCUUAAUCGGCCUCCAACGUAUCCCACCAAAUAUUUUGGUUGUGAGCUGGGAGCACAGACCCAGUUUGAUGUUAAGAAUGACCGUUACAUUGUCAAUGGAUCUCAUGAGGCGAAUAAGCUGCAAGACAUGUUGGAUGGAUUCAUUAAAAAAUUUGUUCUUUGUCCUGAGUGUGAGAAUCCUGAAACAGAUCUGCAUGUCAAUCCAAAGAAGCAAACAAUAGGUAAUUCUUGUAAAGCCUGUGGGUACCGAGGCAUGCUUGACACACAUCAUAAACUCUGUACAUUCAUUCUCAAAAACCCACCUGAGAAUAGUGACAGUGGUACAGGAAAGAAAGAAAAGGAAAAGAAAAAUAGAAAGGGCAAGGACAAGGAAAAUGGCUCCGUAUCCAGCAGUGAGACACCACCACCUCCACCACCAAAUGAAAUUAGUCCUCCUCCACAUGCUGUGCAGGAAGAAGAGGAGGAUGAUGAUUGGGGGGAGGAUACAACUGAGGAAGCUCAGAGGCGCAGAAUGGAUGAAAUCAGUGACCAUGCAAAAGUUCUGACACUCAGCGAUGAUUUGGAAAGAACUAUAGAAGAGCGUGUUAACAUCCUGUUUGAUUUUGUUAAGAAAAAGAAAGAAGAGGGCAUUAUUGAUUCAUCUGAUAAAGAAAUUGUUGCUGAGGCAGAAAGACUGGAUGUAAAAGCUAUGGGUCCUCUUGUUUUGACUGAAGUUCUCUUUAACGAGAAGAUAAGAGAGCAGAUCAAGAAAUACAGGCGCCAUUUCUUAAGAUUUUGUCAUAACAACAAAAAGGCUCAGCGAUACCUCCUUCAUGGUUUGGAAUGUGUGGUAGCAAUGCAUCAAGCUCAGCUGAUCUCCAAGAUUCCACAUAUCUUGAAGGAGAUGUAUGAUGCAGACCUUUUAGAAGAGGAGGUCAUCAUCAGCUGGUCGGAAAAGGCCUCUAAGAAAUAUGUCUCAAAAGAACUUGCCAAAGAGAUUCGUGUCAAAGCAGAACCAUUUAUUAAAUGGUUGAAGGAAGCAGAGGAAGAAUCUUCUGGUGGUGAAGAAGAAGAUGAAGAUGAAAAUAUUGAGGUGGUAUAUUCGAAGACUGCCAGUGUACCAAAAGUUGAAACUGUGAAGUCUGACAACAAGGAUGAUGACAUUGAUAUUGAUGCCAUUUAAAAGGAUGGAUGCAACUUAGCUUAACAGUGUAAAGCUGCAAAUUUUUCUCCAUUAUCAGCCAGAAGUGCAACAUGUAUGUGCAAAAGCUCAAAUGGCUUAACAUCAUGCUACACUUGAUACUAAAAAGCUAUUACUGUGAGUGGUCUAUAAUUAAGCCCAAUGAGACAUCUAGGGAGUCCAUACUUAUCAGUGAGCAGUUGUAGUUUGCUUAUUUAUAGCAUGUUUCUUUUGGAAAAACUAGUGGUGGACACAUUUGGAUCACAUUUAUACAGUUACUAAAAAAUAAAGAUUUGAUUUUGGUCAUUCUUCAGACUUUGGGCUCUGAAUGGCUUAUACUGAAGUAAUUGGCUACUUAUAGGAUGUUAUACCAUUUAACUUAAGGUCCUUGAGCCUGGUAGAUUGCAGGUGCUGAAACUUAUAGAAUGCAAACCAUUGUAAUGACCUUACUCAGCCAUUAAGAAAUGGGAUAUUUUAAAAGUUGUAUCUCCAGUCCUCAUCUGUUCAGAUUGGCAACUGAUAAUUUUUAUCAUUCUAAGGGAGACUAAUGAAUAAAUAACAGUGUGACAUCUUCAUGAGAAGUAAAAACAACCUGUUUGUCCUAUGGUUUUAAGAGCAAGUUUUGAAAUUUGGAGUUGUGGUUUUUCAGUUUGUGUACACUCACCCCAAAUUGUAGUCUUUGGAGUCAUGUGCUUUGCACAUUUAUGAGCCAGGGAAAUAAUUAACAAAUAAGUAUUGUGUGUAUUUAGUGGUUGCUUUGUAAUGAGAGAAAAAGCUUUGAGGUGUGAUUAAAUCGUAAACUCUUCUAUUUGGGAGAAACAGGAAAAGGUGCACUUAAUUCCUAGCUAAAACAGCAUAAUUGUUCAGCUUUUACCCUUAAAUUAUAAUUUCAAGAUGUUUAGACAUACUGUAUCUUGUGUUUGAUGUGUUCUCCCCACCCCACUCCCCAAUAUUAUGGUUUAUUCUUCAAUGCCUUUAAUUUGGAUAUAAUAGCUUGUACUUUAGAUUUUGGUUGCUAUCUUGCCAAAAUAAGUGUUACUGUGUUUCAAGCUUGAUCCCCUUCCCCCCAAUUGUCUUAUUUAAAGAGAAAGUUAAAAUCAUACUUCUGAGUCAGAGCCUGUAUUUUGGUGUAAGACUUGGGAUGUUUUUUACUUCACAUUGAAUAUAGUUGGGCACCUGAGAAGUCUGGUGAUGGCCACUGGGUGGGUGCAGUUGCUAGGGCCUGACCAGCCCAUUCAGAGCCUUGAACUUCAGACACAAGUGAAUUCCUUACCCAUUAUUAGCUGGUGUAGACUCCAUCUGGGUUCCUGAUUAUAUUUGCAUACUCGUCUUCAACAUUAAAAACUUGUUAUCAUAUAUACUCCUUUCCCCAUAAAAGUGCAUUCUGGGAGUUAAGAACCCAGAUGGUUAAUUUGUGUGGCAUACUAGCUCAUAACAUUGUUUAGAUCUUACCUUCUAUGUCAUCCAUCUCACAUUAUAAAACUUUAAUAAAUAUGUAAAUUUUUUGCAUUGAAA